AUCCCGGCGUUCCGGCCAGCCUGUUUUCCAGGCGAGGAAAUAUUUAACCGCGGCGUCAGCGGGCAGGGCAGGCGGGCGCAGGAAUGGAGGGAGGCGGGCAGCAGCCGGUCCCUGCUGUCCCCUCGGGCCAGCCGCAGGGUGACCAUCUCCAGCUCCUGCUGCGCCGCAGCCGGGAGGCCAAAAAAUGCGCUUACUGUCCCUACAGCCAGUUCCCGGUGGGAGCCGCGCUGCUCACCACCGGCGGGCAGAUCUUCUCGGGGUGCAACGUGGAGAACGCCUGCCACAGCCUGGGGGUGUGUGCGGAGCGCACCGCCAUCCAAAAAGCCAUCUCGGAGGGGCACACCAGCUUCAAAGCCAUGGCCAUCGCCAGUGACAUGGGGGACCAGUUCAUCGUGCCCUGUGGCGCCUGCAGACAAGUGAUGAGAGAGUUUGGCACAGACUGGGAUGUCUACUUGACCAAAGCAGAUGGCACCUACAUUGUCAAGAGGCUGGAGGAGCUGCUGCCACUCUCCUUUGGCCCUGAGGACCUGAAAAGGGUCUGAGCAGCGUGGCCACCACCAGCCUUUGCCCUUAGGCACAGGUGACAAUGGUUCUCCCCAAUUUCCUCAGCCUGUAAGCAACUUUUUGGGAACAACACAUGGGGAAAUGUGUUUAUACUGUUAAGUUGCCUGUUCCUCUGGUUCAUCUUCUGAUUCAGUGUUGAUUCGCAGACUGCAGCUCCACCUUGUCCCAAGGAAAUGGAAAACUCAAAUGGUAGAAAUUCCCUGUUAUUAAGUAAAAAAGCGUCCAGACAUCCCUGUAGGCAAGGGAGGGCAUGGGUUUGAUGCACAGCUCAAACAGGCUUUGAUACAGAAACCACUCCUGAAUAAUGCAAAAUCAUUGCUUGGGAAAGUGCUGGAUCCUUCAGCUCUGAAGAGAAGCAAAAGCAAGAAGGAAAAGGUCCAUCAACCCCAGAAGUAAUUAGUAAUUAGUAAACCAAUCCAGAUUAGGUGGAUUGUUGGAACAGGAUGUUUAUCACACUGAGCGUGUCCUUUGCUCGUUUCUCCCCAGCUUGUUUUCCUUGCUUUUAUUCUGUUUGGGGUGAAGAAGAGGACAAGGUGUUUUUGGGGACUUCUGGGGGGUUUUGUGCCUCCAGGGUAAUGCCACUUGUUGAUCAAUAUUAUAUUGAUUUGUAAUAUAAUAAAAUAAUUCAUUACAUUUCCCACCCAGUGCUGGGUUGAGCAUUUCUGCCAUGCCCAAGUGAAAUAAAAGCCCUUCUGGUUUA